CAACUCCAAAUGAUGACCUCCAAAGAAGUGGCCAAGUGCGACGCGGGGGAGAGCAGGAGGCGCAGCCCGCUGGACCACUUGCCGCCCCCCGCCAACUCCAACAAGCCGCUCACCCCCUUCAGCAUCGAGGACAUCCUCAACAAGCCGUCGGUGAAGAGAAGUUACACCAUUUGUGGCACCGCUCACCUCAUCUCGUCCACGGAGAAGCACCGCGCCUCCAGCCUGCCGCUGUCGAGCCGCGCUCUGCUCACCCAGACCUCGCCUCUGUGCGCCCUGGAGGAGCUGGCCAGCAAGACCUUCAAGGGCCUGGAAGUCAGCGUGCUGCAGGCGGCGGAAGGCCGGGACGGGAUGACCCUGUUCGGCCAGAGAACCACCCCGAAGAAGCGCCGGAAGUCCCGCACGGCCUUCACCAACCACCAGAUCUACGAGCUGGAGAAGCGCUUCCUCUACCAGAAGUAUUUGUCCCCGGCGGACCGCGACCAGAUCGCGCAGCAGCUCGGCCUGACCAACGCGCAGGUCAUUACGUGGUUCCAGAACCGGAGAGCCAAGCUAAAGCGGGACCUGGAGGAGAUGAAGGCGGACGUGGAGUCCGCCAAGGCGGUGGGUCAGGUCCCGCUGGACAAGCUGGCCAAGCUGGCCGACCUGGAGAAAUGCGCCAACGGCACGCUGGGCCAUCCGCGCCCGGAGUCCCCCGCGCGGGGCGGCCAGCAGGGGCUCGAUCUCGGGCAGAAACUGCGCAGGGCCCCGCUGUCUCCCUUCUCGGACCACACAACGAGUAAAGAGUGCUCGGAGGACGAGGACGUGGAGAUUGACGUGGAUGACUAAUGCGGCGCGGCGUGGGGUUGUUGCACUGACAGACAAAAAUGAGGGCGAAGAACACUAGAAUAAACAGGAAAAGGACUUUCACUUUUCAGAACAAUGUACCAAAAUGUAAUUAUACUUUUAUAUGAACACGCAUGAAUACAGUAACAACUUUGCAAUCAAAGCAAUACGGUCAAAAACCACACUUGUAAUUUAUUAUUAUUAUUAUUAUUAUUAUUAUUAUCAUUUUAACACCCCCAGUUCUUUUUUUGUUCUUAUUGUUUGCAUGGAAAUGCAUGAUUUGUGAUGUAUUUAUUUUGGACUUUAUUUAAAUAUUUGUCCCUUCACAUUAUGACGGAAAAAAAUAGAACUUUUUUUUUUGUUUUGUUGUUGUUAUUGCGGUGAUUUUUUUGGGUUGUUUGGAUACAUGUUUUGUACACCUAUAAGUGCCUUUUCUUAUAAAAAUCAGGAUUUGCAAACCAGUUACUGCACAGACUGCAAUGUACAUAGGCAACAAUGGGAAUA